CUCUGGCGGGAGAAUGUGCGGAAUGUGCCAGGCGCAUCUACCUACCCCAGGAGAGGGCAGAGGAAGGAGGCCGGCCGAGGGGAGGGGCGAGGGGCGAGGCUCCAGGCAGCCGGAGAAAACCUGUUUGUUCUUCUGUGGACGGACAGAGACCAGUCCGCGCCUCCUCGCCGCCCCGCGCUCCCCGCUGCGCCCCGCGCUCCGCGCCUGCUGACACGGCCGGGCAGGUCCGGCGCUGCCCACCCGAGGAGCCCGCGCAGCGCAAUCCUACCCUCCGCCCACCCCACAAGCCGGCCACCUGUGCCAGAUUUACUGUCCCACUGAAAAAGGAAUUGGACUUCUGAAACAUACCCAGGCCUGAGGGAAUACCCAGAGCUGAUGCAGGUGCAUCAGCCCCGCUCCUGUUCUGGGGUGUGUCCUUGCCCCUUUGGCUGGGGAGUUGCCAGUGGCCCCUGAUUUUUCAGGAAACUUCGAGGCAACAUGACAAUCAGAACCCACUGAAUCUCCAAACAAGUAGCUUGAAAAGCAAUCAGCAUGAGUAUCUCAGCUCUAGGAAGUAGCAUCAAAGGUAAACCUCUGCCCCCCGGUGAGGAGGAGCGCAACAAUGUCCUGAAGCAGAUGAAAGUACGAACCACACUGAAGGGCGACAAGAGCUGGAUCAUCAAGCAGGAUGAAUCCGAGGCUCGCACCACAGAGCUGCCCUCGUGCCGGAACCGUGCCACGUCCUUUUCAUCGGUUGGCGAGGUCUCAAAAGCCAGGCUUCCAAGCACAAAAGCUCCCGCUGGCUAUAUCAUCCGGGGAGUGUUCACCAAGACGAUAGACAGCUCAUCCCAGUCGCAGCAGCACUUCUCCAAGACCAAUGGAGCUCCAAAAGGUACUGCUGGGUUGCUGGGAGCAGUGAACUCUGGUCUUCCUCGCUCCUCGUCCUCUGGCUACAGGAUGACUACGGAGGAUUACAAGAAGCUGGCACCCUAUAAUACCAGGCGCAGCUCUACGUCAGGGACUGAGGAAGAGGAGGUGCCCUUCUCUUCAGAUGAGCAGAAACGGAGGUCAGAGGCUGCAAGCAGUGUGCUCAGGAAGACAGCCCCGCGAGAGCACUCCUAUGUCUUGUCAGCAGCUAAAAAGAGUGCUUGCAGUCCUACCCAGGAGCCACAGGCCUCAUUUAUUGCAAAGAGGGUUGAUGUUGUAGAUGAGGAGGUGCCUUCUGAGAGCAACCAGGAGCCGCCUGCUCUGGCAAGAUCUGAGAGCAACCAGGAGCCGCCUGCUCUGGCAAGACCAUCUCCUAGCUCGAGCAGCUUGAGAACUGAGGAGACUGUCUGCCUGCAGAUCACAACUCCCAGAGCCGGACUCCGCCUGGUGGCCCCAGACCUGGAAGCCAUGAGGUCUUCCUCAGGACACAAAGACAAGGAGGAUCCCUGCUCCAGAGAGCUCGAGAGCGAGUCCGCUGGUGAGGACAACAUCAAGAGUGCCAAGAGAGACUCCGAAAGUAUCAGGUCAACUACACAGUUGAAUGAUGGCAACCUUGGAUCUGAAACCACAGGGUCUCCACCAGAAUGUUUGGCUGCUGUGGACAUCGGCUCAGAGGGAAAAGGCUCCAGUAACACCCUGGAUUUUGCUGUCCUGGUUGAAAACAAGGAAAGUGCGGCAAACCUGAAAGAUGCAAAUGCAGACUCCGAUGGCACCUCAGCUGCUUGCGGCAAGAAACCUGAAGUCCCAAGAGGUGACAAAGAUGACCUAGCUGCAGCCACGCAACAACCUGAAGAUCCCAGCACCCCAGGGGAGCAGAGAAGACCUGAGGAGCUCAUUCAAGUGGAGGGCUGUAUCAGCACCACCUCAGCUGGUUGUAAGGAGAACAAUGUGGCCCUGGAGAUAAUCAAAGCCUGGCAGGAGACCCCUGGAGCCCCUGAAGGUGGCCAGGGAGACCCAGGCAUAACCUGUGAGAAACCUAUAGAUCCCAGCACUCCAGAGCAGCAGACCACCACCGGCGGAUCUGAGCACUUCACGGACCCGGAGGGCUGUACCAGCAGGGUGAAAGGCCCCUCCAGCUGCAUGGUCACUGUUACCGUUGCUGCCGCCUCUGAACAGUCUCACGUUUAUAUUCCAGCCCCGUCAAGUGAACUGGACUCCAACUCAACCACCAGAGGGAUUGUCUUCGUGAAGGAGUACAUGAAUGCUAGUGACGUGUCUUCCGGGAAGUCAGCGUCUUCACGCUGUGGCAGUACCAGAAGCACCGAAGACUCAUUUGACAUGGAGAAGAAAUCCCCAUAUGAAGGCACUCUGCCCUCUGAGAGAAUAACUGAAGGAGUCUGCACUUACUGCAGUCGUGAGAUUCGAGAUUGUCCAAAGAUAACCCUUGAACACCUUGGCAUCUGCUGCCAUGAGCAUUGCUUUAAGUGUGGGAUUUGCAGUAAGCCGAUGGGUGAUCUCCUGGAUCAGAUCUUCAUUCACCGAGACACCAUCCACUGUGGGAAAUGCUAUGAGAAGCUCUUCUAGGUGGGUGCAGGUGCUGGAAGCGCAUAGGACUAACAGAGAAGAGCCCCAUUAAGCUUACUGAAUAAGAUAAAAUUUGUCCUGCUCUGACCUGGGCUUCGCCUCAGGGUCCUGCUAUUUCUCUUGGUCUUGUUUUUUCAGCAGAGUCCUCUAGUCCUUGGAUGCCAUUGGGCCUGUUUUGUGACUGGAAGUAAAUAUGUAGAAAGGGAACAGGCCUGGAGAAACACCUAGUUGGUUUAUGGUAGAAUCUGAACAUCAUCUCAGGUCUCAGAUUCUAAUCUGGACUCUGCCGUAUUCUUUUGAUGCACCCCCAGCAUUGUUUGCAAGUACCACAAGGUAGGGAGGCAGUGUUCCAGCGAAAAAGCUGCAGAGUCUAGCCUGUCUUCAGGAUGGCAAAGGGGACAGAGGGAGGGGAGGGCUGUCUGUGCUGGGAGAGCCAGGCAGUCAGCAGGACCACUGAGACGGCCUCUUCCGUGAAGUCCACCUUCCUGGUGUGAGUGGCAGACAGGACGGCACCUCAGUGUUGCUUCCAGGCCACCCGCCCAAGUCUGCAGGGUCGCGGGCCAGCUUUGGCAGUGCUGUGUUCACCAGGCUCUCCCUGCUUGCUCUCUGGGGUUCUCCAGCCGCCCUGGACAACAGAAAGCAGAACAAACUACCCCACCACCACCGAGCCCUCCUCCUGCUCUUGCAGCGCCUGUUUACACAAAAGCUGCCCUGCACACCCACUUCUUCCCAAGCCAGCUGAGGGCACCCACCCCACGGUACCUGGUGCCCCAGCCUGGGGCUCUUCUCAGGCACUGGUGUCUUUCUCCCUCAGCCCUGUCAGACUGCAAGAGAAGAAACUGCCCCUGGGCUGGCAGUGGCCUCCCAGGGUCUUUGGAUCCAGAGACCCAGUUUUCACUUACACAGGUGUUUGAGGUGCUGCUCUCGUGGGGCUCCCCUAGUAAAGCAGCAUCUGGGCCAACAACCAGUGGAAUUACCCUAUAUCUGAACACAGAACAGGGUCCCUCUCCCCAGCUACAAGGAAAUUGCUUUCUUUCCAGGAAAUGUGUUUGAAUUAGAUUCACCUCCCAGUCACUUCCAGUCACCCACCCCAAGGGCUCCUGGCUGAUGGAUGAAUUGCAUGCACCCUUCCAGUCUCAUUGCGAAUUCUAUUUCCUUUUAGCUUCUCCACAAUGAGCAGAAGCUGAUGAAUCCCAGCUGAGUUCACCUCUCUAUUUGCCCCAAAUUGCUGGCUCCUCUUCCCUUAUUUUUCUCCCUUUGAUUCCACCCACUUUUACCCUUCUUAGGUUGAACAUACAAACAUACUUACAUCCAGUAUUGUAUCUUAAUGUUACAAUUAUUACUUACAUGUAGUUUUUAUAGCUUAGAAAACACUUCACAUCCAUGAUCUCAGUUUGGGCUUGAAAGCCUUUAUCCCAGGAGAAAGGAAUCCACUUCAGCUUUCCCAUGACAUGCUGGCUUUCUAGUGAGUACAGAUGGCCUGGAUCAUUAGACACAGUCAGAAAUGUAGGCGUCAGUGUGUGUAGACGCCCUGAGACUUAUGAGGGGCCAAGCUGAAGACUGUUGACGAUCCCUGGUGGGUAAAUUGCAGGCAUUGAAUGCUAAGGGUUGGCAAAGGGUGAUGUUUAGCUUAUCUAUUAUAUAUAUAUAUAAUUUCUCAUACAGUUUUUAAAGUAGUUGUUUUGGAUUGAGUUAUGUAGCACAUUUUAAUUCUCCUCCCCCUCCUCUCCCUCCUCCUUUCACUGUAUUUGAGUUUUUCCAAGGAUGUAUGUGGGUACAUAUAUUGAGAAGUUGACCCAGGCUUAAAUUUGAUGAGGUAUGACAUUAGUAAGUUGUUAACCAAAGGUAUAUCUGGGUCUGUUCGAAUCUUGAUAGCUGAUUCAGGUCUUUGUUGUCAGUGGCGCGCUCCCUGAGCUUUACAUAGAAAUCCUUUGAACUUGCUUUUAGAAUGUGUAGAACCCAAUAGGAUAGUGAAGAAAGUAGAUCACAGUUUUUGAGCCCUUACCACACACCAGGCAUUAUCAUGAAGUGAUAACUUUAAUCUCUGUAACAAUCUUAUAAUGAGAGAUUCUUGUCCUCAUUUUACAAAUGACAGUGAGGCUCAAAGAAGGGUCUUUGCCUUCAGAAGAACCCUGCGGAAGCACUGUUGUCUGUCUCUGGGGCUAUCACUCUCUCCAGAAACAGAGACCACAGUGACACUGACCUAGUGUUUAGCACAUGCCGAGCACUGUGUGGAGGGUACCUAUUCCUACCUUGGAACACUGCCCUGUGGGCCUCCAUUGGGGCAUAGUCUUAGAAAAGGGAGAUGUAGGAAAUUGUACUAUAUAGCUGGGUGUCUUGGGUUCCCGCCCUGAAGUGCUCCAUAAGCAAAUUUCCCUCUCCCCCAAGGCCUUGCCAUGAAAACACCUCCAAACACAAGUUUUUGUCUAGGAACAGAAUUGACUCGUGCAUCUUCCUAAAGAGGAGCUUGCCAUUUAGUGAAAUCUGCAAAGGCUAGCUGUCGUGAGCAUACAGCUUCAGUGACCUGUUCUCUAGUCCGGACUCGGUCUCCAGCUAGUAUCAACUACUAGGGGCUCAGUUAUCAAAACACCAAAACCUGAUGUCUGACAGAGCAGAUGCAGGCUCAUUCCAGCAGUUUGUAGAUAUAGUGCUCACAUUCAACUCCACGCUGCAAGUCUUUGGACUCAGCAUUAAUUUGUAAGCUCCUUGAGAAGAAGAAUAACCCCAGAGAUUUUUGGAUUCAGAAUAAAGACCUUUUCUUUUGAUUUACUUAUAGAAUAUCUCCAUCUUUCUUCAGGUCCUGAGCCCUGUGCACAUUUGCUUGUGGACUUGUUCUUCCUAUCAAAUGAUCAGAGAACAACAUUCUAUUUAUUUGCAUAGCUGUCAAUUAGAUUUACUCUGAAGGGGGGAAGUGGUACAAUCUGCCAUGUUCCCACACUAUGAGCUAGUCUUCCUCAAGUCCAGCAUGGGACUUGACACAUAGUAGGCAAUAACAUAUAGGUGCCAAAUGAAUUAGUGGAAGGAAAAGUAAGUCACUCCUUUGAUUAGAGGUGUUACCUGGGCAUCUCAGUACAGGCCACAGAUGGAAUGCAAGCUAAAGACGCCCCAGACAGGCUUGUUUCCCCGCCUUAGAGCUGUAUUCUUCCAUUUGGGGAGUUUUAGAACCAACACCACUCAAAGACAGCUUGGAAGUGCUGAUUUGAAUCCAGAACAAGUCACUUUCAUGCCUUAAAAGGCACCAAAUUCUGCAUUUUUUAAUUUUUAAUUGCUUACUGUUUUUAAUUAUACUUGCUUAAUACACAUUAAUGUAUACAAAUUAUAAUAAAUAUUAA